AUGGGCACAACGAACAAAAGUUACAUGACCGUCCAUCCUUUUCUUUCACAGCAAACAUCUACCAUUGACUCGGACAAUGCUCGAACAGUUUCGUUGCCAGCCCAUGGACUCAACCCGAUCUUUGGGGAUUCCUUUUCAGUAACAACUAAGUCUCCUUCACGCUCUUUAGAUCCAGAAUCGCAGCAACAGCAACAGUGCAGGUUAGGGGGGAGGAAGGGGAGGAAGGGGAGGAAAAAGCUUGACUAUCGUCGAACUUCUGUCGCUUGCGACCCUUGUCGUCGUCGCAAGAUCAGAUCCGCCACAUACGUCGCAUGCGAAGAAGUCAUCCCAGCCAUCCUCCGGACCAAAAGGGUCACCAACCCCAUCGUCACCCGCAACUUCGAGUGGAAAACCGGUGGAACCACCAAGUCAGCCCUUCACCCCCCUGGCAACAUUACAGGCACCAAGCAUGGUCCCUACUGGGAAAGAGGAACCGUCCAACGUCCUGGCUCCGAAAUGGCCGCGCUCAAAACCAUAUGGGGAUCGCAUCCAUCAGGGUCUCCGAUCAGUGCGCAGAUUCCCCCAUUUGCUCCUAUACCCCCAAAUUGGACAUCUGGAAGUUCAGGGCCGGGCUCUCACGACGAUGUGGCUUGGGGAAAUUAUGCGUCAUUGUUGCGAUCCAUGUCUUUCGGCAGCGUGUCGCCGAAUUCCAUGUCCUGGGAAGUCGAGCUGCAGGCGAUGCCUACUUGGACUCACUCUGUAGCCCAGCCAGGUCCUCGUGACGAGGUCCCAGGCUGGGGACCUCCCUAUCGUAACACAAUAGUAGUCUCAUCGACAGACGGUGGAGCUGAGGGAGGAGUUGUUGAGCCAAGAGAAUCCGUUUACACUUAG